CGUCGGCCAUGUAGAUUGGUAUCGUCUUACUAGACGUUGGAUCGGCCUCACUCGUUCGAUUUACAAAACAAUCUGCGAUUUAUAAAACAAGUAAUGCAUCGGCUUUCAAUGUUUUCGGAUGACGAGCAUUCGUAUACGUUAAGGAUAACGGAUAAAGCGAAUCAAGACGGAUUGCAAGGGAAAUUUGAUAAGUGGAAUCCUUCAAUGCGAAAAUGGAAGUGGCCGUUUGUUCCCAUGAAUUCUUUCGACGUGUUGUUCGUGCAGUUGAAUAAAAGCCGUCGAUCAGUCUUUCAAAGCCUGUUGCCUCGCAAAGAUCGUGUGCAGAUCGUUGAAUUAGAACUGGAGGUGCGAUCGUAUGUGUUCAAGUGAUUAUGAACUGUCACAAGAAUGAUUCCACGUGCAAUGAAGACGUACCAGGUUCUUACAGGCUCUCCGUCAUAUCCGGGAACGAGAAGCAGUUAGAAAAUGGAUCAAUGGAUGUCGCAGCUGCGCCGGAACAAUGCGAGCGUGCCCAAUGGGGAAGCAAUAUGGAAUUCCUGAUGUCCUGCGUGGCGUUCUCCGUUGGUUUAGGCAACGUCUGGAGGUUUCCCAGUACAGCGUACGAAAACGGAGGCGGUGCGUUCCUCGUGCCGUACCUCGUGGUGCUCUUCAUCAUCGGCAAGCCUGUAUACUACUUGGAGAUGAUCCUAGGACAAUUUAGCAGCAGAUCCUGCGUGGAAAUUUGGUCUUUGUCGCCCGCCUUUAAAGGGAUUGGAUUCGGUAUAGCUGUAUCCGUUUUCUCGGUGGUCACCUACUAUUGUUCUUUGAUGGCCUUGACGAUGUACUACCUGUUGGCCAGCUUUCAACCGGUUCUUCCGUGGACUUUUUGCCACGAGGAAUGGGGCGACGAAUGUUUCGACAGCACGUCGGCUACCCACGAGACCACGUUUAACGUCAAUAAAAGUAGUUCGGCCGACCUGUAUUUCCGGAAGAUAGUUCUCAAUGAAGUAGGACUUCAAGAAGGACUUGGAGAACCAUCUUGGAAGUUGGUCCUUUGUCUUUUAGCCAGCUGGGUGUGCGUCUUCUUGGUACUCCGCAACGGCGUGAAAAGCAGCGGCAAAGCUGCCUACUUUCUCGCUUUGUUUCCAUAUGUGAUCAUGAUCACGCUGUUGGUGAGGGCGGUUACGCUCGACGGGGCUGUGGAUGGUAUAAUAUUCUUAUUCAAACCAACGUGGGAGAAAAUUCUUGAUCCUGCGGUUUGGUACGCCGCUGUCACUCAGUCCUUUUUCUCUCUGGGUGUCUGUUUCGGCGCUGUUACCAUGUAUUCCUCGUACAAUCGUUUCGACCAUAAUGUCACGAGGGACUGCACGGUAGUGACAACGAUGGAUCUAGGCACGAGUCUUAUCGCGGGAACAACGAUUUUUGGGAUUCUAGGGAAUCUCGCCCACGAGCUGGGCAAAACAGACGUGAGGAGCGUGGUACGCGGUGGCACGGGCCUCGCUUUCAUUUCCUAUCCGGAAGCGCUCGCUAAAUUCACCGUGGUUCCGCAACUGUUCGCUGUGCUCUUCUUUCUCAUGCUGUUUGUGUUAGGAAUCGGCACCACGGUUGCUUUUACCAACGUCAUUGUCAGUAUUAUCAAAGACAGGUUCCCCAGGUUUCAAAAUUGGAAAGUCGCCGCCGUUGUUACAGUCCUCGGCUUCUUGGUGGGAAUCGUUUAUUGCACGAGGGGAGGACAGGGUAUCUUGAACUUGGUGGACUAUUUCGGUGGGACGUUCAUCAUCGUGUUUCUCGCCUCUUUCGAAUUGGUUGCGGUUUCCUGGGUUUACGGUGUCGACAACCUUUUGGACGACGUGGAAUUCAUGGUAGGCACUCGACCGUCUUUUUACUGGAGAUUCUGCUGGAAUUUCGCCACUCCGUUAUCGCUCUUCACGAUUUUAAUUUAUUUCCUGCUCGAGCUGUCGCCCCUCAAGUACAACGGCGAAUAUUAUACGACUUCAGCUUACGCGGCUGGAUGGGUACUUUUGGGAUUGGGAGUGGUACAGUUUCCUCUGUGGGUCGUUAUUACCAGGAUUCAGAACAGAGACAAGCCUCCUCUGGACAUCCUCAAACCAAAUUCCGAAUGGGGUCCGAAGGAUCCGACAAAGUACAAAGAAUGGAAAGAGUUUAAGAACGCGAAGAGGAUAUCGCGGAUGAAUUCGAGUAAGAAAAGAUCAAGAAUUAUGAGAGCGUUGUUCGGUGAUUAAAGAUAACAAUAGUAUGCGGAUUUCGAUGGAUGCAACUGACAAGAUAUCCACCGAUUUUCGCGUGUUUCGUACUAGACUUCAUUUUUAAAUAAACAUGCUAAGCCUAAUUAUGUUAAACAGUCGUGUAUUGGGAGUGCGUAGAUUUACAUUUCGUUGUCGUAAUUUUUAUCGUCUGUUUCUGAAGUGAUCGUAAGUCUUUUGAUCCAAGAUAAGAUCUUCCGAUUUUCUAGAGUAUCAAACGUUCCACGAAAUUUACAAAUAAUUAGCUUUACCAACGAGAUAUCGAUCGACGAAGCACUUCGCCGUCGAUCAAAGGUGAUCAUUCUUUUUCGGAACAACUGGAGGACCUAGCUUUCAACGCCUGUCACUAAGCGUAUCUCCUUUUUAUUUUGGUUUUACACGGAACAAGAUGUAAACUAACUGAAGCCACCUGGGCUGCGUCCUCAGACUCCUCUCCCUUUUUCUUUCUUCCUUGAAAAGGAGCCAGCUCUUUUUACACUUGGUUCCCCUUGGCCCCCAUUUCAACGACGGCAUGAACGACGCAUUUAAAUUCUAUAAUGAAGUCACGAUUCGUUAACCCUUGAUCGAUAAGAAAAGCGAGCCUCGAUCUUCGUCGAAGAAUGGUACCUUCAAGAAUGGCAGUCGUCUGUUCUUCAUCAGUUGCGCUAUCAUCCACAACGGUAUUUGGGAGACGCUGAAGCAAAGUAGAACUCCACCGGCAAUGUGAGCUGACGUCGGAAAUUCUUUUCCACCGUAAGUCACCGGUGAUAGGGUUGCGACGGUAUAAAGGAAGAUUACUAUUAAAAUUAAUGGUGUCACGAAGAACCAACAGAUUCUCCAAUAGCUGCUCGUUUCUUUGUCCAUCAUGAACUCGAGAUCGUCUACGAAAUUCUCUAUGCCUGUCGACAACGUUUCAUUUGUAGGAAUCAGUUCUAACGUUUCAGAAGUGUUUUAAAGCGAAUACGAACCAUAUAACCACAUCACCGCUGUGAUUUCGAAGAAUGCCAGGAUAAAGACGACAAACGAAGUGCCAUAAUAAUCGACCAGCGUCAACAAGAAUUGGCCGCCCUGCGGGAAGCGGAACAU